AGAGAGGUCGUGUUCGCAUACCCCAAGAAGAUUAAGAACAACAAUCCAUGAUCCACGAAUUAUUUCAAUUUUUAGGUUAGGUGACGGUUUGUUGUGUUAUGAAAUUGGGUUUUUGCUUUGAAAAAUGCCUAAAAUUAAGCAGAUUGAAAAAUGUAAACACCCUAACAGCAGAAAAACUAAAGCUUUGGCAAAACAAAUGAAAAAGCAACAUGGUAGAGAAAAGAGUAAACUCUCGAACAACAUUAAACUGAAUUUGUUAGGAGAAAAGAUUUUGUGGUUCAAAGAUAACUUGAAUUCUCAAUGUAGUACUUGUACUCCAAAAGACAUUCGUGAAUUGAUUGUAAAAUACAUAUCAAGGUUUGAUGAAGAAUUGGAACAAAUUCACAUCAAGCAUUCAAUUGGUAACAGAAAAAAUAGACAACACGCUAACAGAGAAGAUGUUAUUAAUCUAACAAUUAAAAAAGAACAAGACGAAUAUGACUCUUGUGGAAUAGAAAUUCCCAAUUUGCUGGACCCGGGACAGUUUGAUUUGCUCAAAACAUGGAAAGGUGAACUUAGAUAUUUACAAAACUUCAAAUUAAGAAGGUUUAGUAAAAGGAGUUUAGAAGAAGAAGAAAGAAAACUUGCAAAAUCUGGGAGACCAAAAGCUGUUUUAAUGGAAGAUACUUGUGAACAUGAAACUGUCAAUAUGAAUACAAAUUUAUUAGAGAAAAGUGAAGAUAUUUUGGCAACACAACAAACUAUGGAUAUUGGAAGUUAGAAAAAUAUACUAUCUUUAAAACCUG